AUGUACCGGCCAUCGAACAGCAUCUCGUCCAUCCACUUCCAGCCUCAUUCACUCGUAUCAUCCUCUACCUCCCAUCCACCAACUAUCAAUCAUCGACUGCCAACCGCUAACCCUCUCUCACCCUCCCCUCCGCCAACGUUUGUCUUCGCCAAGAGGAACGCAACUGCCAGCAUCUGUAUCGUCAUGGAAAUAGCCGACUGGAACGCUUUCUGGGAGAAACUUCCGGACAUGCUUGAAGCCCUGGCUUCGGCGAACUUCAUUGCCAUUGACCUCAAAAUGACAGGAGCGAUGGAGCGAGGACUGCCGCCAGCACCUUCUCCGCCAUCCAACUUGGUGUCACGGCAAUCCACUGGGACAACCGCCUGCCUGCAUAAACUGUCGAUGUCCCGUCUCCAGUUGCUGACCGUGAUUAGUUUGCUACGAGACGCGGACCUUUCGAUUCCUAUUUCUGUCCUCGUUCCGCUAGAGACGAAAGAAGACGGUCAGCUGUCGAGGGUCCUCAAUCGCACCAUCACUUUCUCAUCCAGGUCGAUCGAGUUUCUUCUCCAGCACAGGUUUGACAUUCAACAGACGUUGGCUCAUGGCGUACCGUUCCUCAGCCGCAGAGAACUUGGACUCGCAAACGAGAGGCUGCUUCUCUUGAGCAGCACCAGUGAAAUAAUCGACACGGAGAGGAUGGAGGAGACUGGCAUGCGGCUCUACAAGUGCUUCAGAGGUAUCGUGCAGGAGUGGUUGGCCACUGAGCCCGGGAUCGGGGACGUUCUCGAGAUCCCCGAGUCUCAGGGUGUCAACAUGCAGAAGAACACGAUCUUGCUCAUCAAUGAGAUGAUCGAGCAAGACUUCCCGCAGUGCCGCUGCUGGCAACAAAGAAAUAGAGACGCCACGAGCAUCACGCUCCUCGACAGAGCCAGUGUUGAACAAAUUAACAUCCGACAAGGCGUAUCCUGGAUCGUCGAGGCGUUGAUAGGUAUAGAAGGCACUGCGGGUUACGAGGACAUGGCCCGCGCGGCAUACACCGCGCUCAACGGCCCAAACGUUUCGCACCAGCCCUGGUCCGAGCAAGAACGAACACGUUGGCAAACACUGCUGCGGAUGCUGCAGAAGCCUCGAGAGAAGCCCCCAAUCUUACUUGGGCAUAAUGUUGUGUACGAUAUAGCCAUCCUUCACUCCAUGUUUAUCGGCGAGCUUCCCGAGACGCUUGAGAGCUUCCGGUCAAUUACCCGCAGCCUGUUUCCUCGUCUCCUCGAUACGAAGCUCCUGGUCUCGCAGACUGUUGACCCGGGGACUGUUGACGAGAGCUCGCAGGAGAUAUGCCAGGCACUGAACCGUCAAGUAUACCCCUUCUCUGCACCCAAGACGAAAGAAUGGGGGUUCACGCGGGUUGGGGAGAAGCAAGUAGCCGCCCGUAACGCUGGGUUUGACAGCUAUAUGGCGGCCAUCGUCUUCCUGAAGCUCUCCUGCAGGAGACUACGGCUCCAUAAGCGGGCGGAAGCCGAAUACAGAAGUGGUCACGCUAAACGGCACGUCGGACACGACCUUCUUGCAGUGGACUUUUGGCUAACCCUCAUCGACGACAGACUCUCGCCCAUGGACCAAUUCGUUGAGGGAGAGGCCAUACAGAUUCCAAGCUUUGAGAGCGAUUUCUUCGCCCCGGUCCGCAACAAGUUGCGCAUGUCCACGGCGGGUAUUCUUGAUUUACAGGUACCCGUCUCGCCGCCUUCGCCCGCAUGUGCGGAAACAGUCCGAGGUGGACACCGAUGCCAUCAGGCUCGAUGGAGAGUUGACGACGGGUAUGCAAACCAUCCAAGACGCACCAAGUUGGUAGAUGCCUGGCUCGUCGUGGACCGGACCAAUGACACGAUUCACAACUUCGUCAACAAAAUCGAGGGAAAUGUGCACAUCCUAGCCAGAGGACAGUGA